UGCUAAAGUCCAGCAGCCGUUUGAGCCGCGACCACACCCUCCCCGCUUCCUCAUAGUAGUGAAGCGCAGCAGCGGCGGCGGCAGCAGCAGCGGGAAUAACGGCAGCUUUUCCUUCUCUCAGCUGCGUGGACGGACGGCGUCGUGAGCCGCGGUGGUGGGAGCCGGAGAGAGAACGACUGAAAUGUUGACGGGCCACCGGCCGGUAUGGAUGUGAGAGGCGGCUCCACGCAGAGGACAUGCGGGGCCACACGGCACUCUCCGCUCCCGAGUUAAGACGCGGCGGAGGCGGCGGUGAAGGAGGAGGAGGCGGCGGCGGCGGUGAAAGAGGAGUACGGACACACGGACGAUGCAUAUGGAGUCGAGGCGACUGCUAGCUACUAACCCAGGGCUGUGUUUGAAAAAGAAGAGAUUCAAAGUGGAUUAAAGGGCUUUUUUGUUUUUUAAUUAUUAUUGUUUUAUUUUGAACUGUAGCCCUGACGGUGGAUUUUAUUCGGGAGAACUUAUGAAAUAAUGGUGCUGGAGCAGCAGGGCCGUCACCAGGAUGAAGUGACUGAGGGGGGCAACUUUUUUUAAUGAAGUAAAAUCAAUUAAUGUAACAACAGCACAGAUUCCGAAGAGGCAAACAAUAACACAAGACUACUCUUUCCAGGGUAAAUAUACAUGAAUUGGAGUAUUGGCGACUUUUAAAAGACUAAAUAUUUUACAUUUAAUCUACGAUUUCCAGUCUAAAUUAGCCGGGGGAGGCACAUACAAUCGACUCCACUCUGGUUUAGUACAACAGUGUGGUCCCUUUGUCGUAACAUAUCUCGAUAGCGUUUUAUUGACGCACAAAGCUUAAAGAGAGGGGGCAAAAAACUGCAACUGAGGCGCCUACGCCUCCUAGUGGUGCUGAAGGGAAACACAGAAACACUUUUCCACUAUUGGGACGAGCUGCACGGGUGUUGCCCCGCGUGGAAGCAGCAUGAGUUCUACACCAGCACGGUCAAACUCUGUGGGAACAAUCUGGACGAGAUCAAGGUGCUGUGUCAGGCUGGACCCAAAAUGAUAUCCCAUUGAUUAUAGUGGGGGGAAAAAACUGAAAGACUCUUACCUCCAAGUGAGGUGCAGUUUUCCUUGCAGAUGUAAUGUGUUUGAAAAGAAAAGGGCCUUCUGACAUUGUUUUCAUUUCUUCUCAAUCUGCACUUUGCCUUGUUUUACGAGGCACCCUGGUGGCACUGCAGCUUGUGUGAUUUUUUUAUUUUAAAGCAACAAAAACCUGUGAAUCUGUUCCAUAAAACCUGGGACUAGAAUGAGGAUAUUGACUUUCUUUUUUAUAUAUAUAUGUAAAUAUAUAUAUAUAUAUAUAUAUAUAUAUGAAUAAUAACAAAAAAUAUUUUCAGGGCAUUUAAAUUUAUUUAGCAUCAAGAUAAAAGAAAUCAUAUAACUUCUAACACUGAUUAUUCAGAAGUUGUGGGGAUUAUUGAUUGGCCGUGUUGCGUCGUAAUUACAAAUAGCUAGCAUUUAAAGGUGAACAAGAUUAUAUUAUAUUGAAGAGACACAUUCAUCGACAGUGGGGAUGUUAUUGAAACACGUACAGUAAUUGACUUGUUUACAUUGAGAAUACAUGCCCUGUGUGUCGGCUUAUAAACGAUGUAUAGUCGGUGAUCUAUACUCUGAAGGAAUUUAAGGAAGACUGUUCGGCCAGUUGUUCAAGGAGUUUGUAAAAGAAAAAGAAGUGAGGUGAAGUUUACCUUGGAAAUAUGUCUUAAACACUUCAGUGUGGUGUGCAACAGAAACUUUAAAUAAGUGAAUCCCUCCAGAAGAGCAUUUUGUCCGCCCCCACCGCCCCUCCACACUCACACACACCCCUCUCCUUAUUAUGGCUAGUGGUGGUUCUGGGAAAUCAGCUAGCGAGGGAUCAACCAGCACACCCACUGGCAGUCUGCAGCAGAGGAAACGUCUCUCUUCCAUCUGUGACACAUGCAAGGGCAAGAUGCAGCUGGUGGCCGACCUCCUCCUGCUGGCCAGUGAGACCCGGCCGGUCAUGACAACCGAGGGCGUGGCCGUGGCCGACACGUUCGACCAGUGCCGCGACACGGUCAUCGCCAGGACUAAAGAGCUCUCCAUUCUCACCCACGACAUCCAGAGCCAGCUCAACAUGGGCCGCUUCACCGAGGUUGGGGACCGCCUCUUGGAGAUGGCCGACCUUGUGGUGUCAUUGACCGAGUGCUCCGCCCACGCCGCUUACCUGGCAGCCGCGGAGACCCCCGGCUCUCAGCCCUGCCUGCCAGGUCUGGUGGACCGAUACAAAGUGACCCGCUGUCGGCAUGAGGUGGACCAGAGUUGCAACGUCCUUCGAAUCACCCCCCUGCCGGACCUCACCCCGCAGCUCCUCCUCGAGCUCUCUCAAAACAUCUCCGUCAACCUCAAGACUCUCACGGACAUCUCGUCGCUGGCCAGCGAGAGGUCCAGGGACCGCUUUGCGAAAGAGCAGUUCAAGUUGAGUGUGAAGAGCAUAAGCACGAGCGGCACGGCCUUCCUGGCGUGCGUCAAGGAGGUGAAAACCCAGCCCAGCGAGCUGACCAGGAACCGCUGCGUCCUUUUCAGCGCCGCUCUGGUCCAGGCUGUCAGCGCCCUGGUCGGUUUCGCCACAGAGCCUCAGUUUCUCGGAAGAGCUGCGAGUAUCUCCACUGAAGGGAAGGGGGUACAGACUGCAGUUUUAGGGGGGGCCAUGAGUGUGGUGUCAGCCUGUGUCCUCCUCACUCAGGGCCUCAGGGAUGUUGCCCAGCAUCCUGAGAGCAGUUCCAAAAUGGCCGACUACCGGGAGCGUCUGCGCAACUCGGCGUGCGCCGUGUCCGACGGCUGCACUCUGCUCACUCAGGCACUCAGAGAACGCUCAUCUCCGAGGACUCUGCCGCCAGUCAACUCUCAUUCUGUGAAUUAGCUUAGGACGAGGCGACACCAUGUCCAGUCCCCUCUGUCCUGUCCUGACGUACCAAAGAGACUCAGCUGGGUCGUCCCUGUUCAUCAGGUUUGAGUCAGAGUAACAUCCGAUGAAAGCCGCGGCUCUGCAUCAGGUUCAAAGUGUGUCGGAAUACAAAAGAAGCCCCCAACCUCUGCGCGGUUCUGUGUCGCGCUGGAUGCGACUCGGACUGUGUCGUCGCCACGGGACGACUCGACCUGCUCCACCUGACCCCGGCAUCACCUGAAGGCCCGCUCGCAUCAACAGACGGCAAACCUGAAACGUUUACCUCAGUUUUCAGCUCCGGUGAAAACACCAGCCUUGAUGAUGGAUGUAGCCUCGCUGUGUGAACCUAUGGUUGGCUGACCUGCUCAGUUUCAUGUGCUUUGUGAGAUUGGAAAGAGUGAUACGAGUGUCUCCAUGUUUUCUUUCUUUUUCUUUUUUUUGUUUUCAACGUGUGAAUUCUGAAUUGGUUAAAAGCUGCUGUGAGUGUGUGCCAUAGGUUUUACACUAUUUACCAGACGUCGCAUAGUAUUUUAAAGUGUUUUGAUCAUGCAUGUAAUGGAGUAUUUAUUUCAACUAUUAAAAUUGUUUCUGGUA